UCCACCACUGGUCAAUUGUGUCUCAGAUUGGCUGUGAAACAAACAGAAGGUGAAUAAGUGAGAAUGUGCCUUUAUGUACCAGCUGCUGUUUGGCUGCUGCUUUUGUCACCUUGUCUAUUUCAACUCAUUUGGAAUGCAGAACUUUUACUUGUAUUACCACUGUGUGGCAUUGGUACUUUUCACUGUUACACAAUAGUCUCAAACACAGGAAGUCUUCAACCCGCAUGCUAUUUUUUUUUUCCAGCGUGUAACUUUCACAAAGUAGGAAACCCAAACCACACACAGCAACAAGCCAAGUACACAUGUGUACGGUCAGUAUUCACUCUUCUUUUUGUAGUUUCCACAAGCUCCUGGUGGAAAUGACUAAUUAGUCGUUAAAAUGGUUGUUUGAGUAACUUCAGGGCAAAGAAAGAUUUCACUCUUGAUAAAACAUUAGAUAUAUCUUCCUUACCAAUCACAGGUAACUUUAUGAAUAAAUAAGACAUGCUGGAGAAACAUUUGUGUUGUACGGAAAACUUCAGAAAAGCUCCGCCUCUUUCUAACAAACCUCCUGCUCAGUGAUGUGAAGCGUGACAGCAGUGAGACGAUUCUGUGCAGAAUGAGGACCUUCAGCUUGACAUCAGCUUUACUCCUCUGCAGCCUCUGCUGGAUCUCUGUCUCAGCGUCUGAGUCUCACACUGUGGACGUUGAGGCCGGUGAUGAGGUCACACUGCUGUGCUCCAACGGGAUUUUCAAAUAUUCGACGUACAGAUUCUGGUCCAGAUUUGUUAACAGAACCAUGAUUAGAUGUAUUGCUUCUAUAUACAGUUAUAAUAGUAAUCCUCGAUACUGUAAUGAAUAUCAAAAUGGAAACUUUGAAAUUACCUACAACAGCUCCGAUGUUUAUCUGAAAAUCAAACAAGUGGAUCUGUCUGACUCUGGAUUGUAUUUAUGUGGAUUUAUCAUAAAUGGAGACAUGGUGAUUGAUAUAAAACAUUUAAAUGUUCAAGGUAAUGACAUUGAUGGCAAAUCUGAAAAAAAUCUUGAUGCAAUAACAAAGCUGACGAGUGUGACCCUGGGCGGUCUGACUGUUUUCCUUCUGAUGCUCAUCAUUGGUCUGGUUGUUAAAAUCAGGAAACUUCAGACAGCACAAUAUCAAGAGCACAGUCCACAAACGCAGGAUCUAGACUCAGAUGACCUGAACUAUGCAGCGCUCAGAUUCCUUCCAAAUCCAAACCUCAGGCCUGCAUCAGAGAGAGAGCUGGAGACAAAUGUUGUGUAUGCUGCCACCAGAUAGACUCAGGAAGCAACUGGAACUGCAGUCUGAGUGACCUGAUGUUUUCUCAUAUUCAUCUGUAUCAGAGAAGCUGCCAUCACUUGUUACCACCACAAUUUCGUAAUAAAGAUAUAAUAUUCACACCAAAAUUGCAUCUUUUUAGUUUAGAGUUUGAGUUUUUAUCUUGUUUUCCCCAGUCUGACUAUAAUUGGUCAUUGAUGGAGGAAGAGCCAGUAAGGACAUUAAGAGAGGUUUCAGGUGGACAUAUAUAGCAGUAAAGAAACGAGUGAGGUUCUCUUUAUUCUGACAGGAAGCACUUUGCGGUCUGAGAAUCACUGACGUUUUUAUUUUCCACUGUGGUGGGCAGACUGUACUUCAUAACCACAGACAAUACAGACCAGUUACUAUUUUAAGAAACAUUCCUCAGUCAUACACAUAUUUUGUGAGUUCUUUUGUUCUUGUUCAUUAAAAAUCUAAAGUUAAAUGAGAGAUGCAGUCUCUUCUUUUAUCUUAACAUUUGACAACUAAGCACUUAAAACACAUGAAACCACGUCAUGUAUCUCAAUAGGUGAACAUUAGAAAUGGUGCAUUUUCUGGUUGAAAUGAGAAUACGUUCAGAAAUCUGAAUUGUUAAAAUAGAAAUUGACAGUUUGUUCUGUGAUGUGUAGUUUGAAACCUAUUUGAAAAAGGUUAAUGUUAGCUCACUAAAUACAGAAGAAGUGGUUUUGUGGUCUGAGCAUGUUACCAGUGUUGGCUUUUGAAAGGAAAACAAAAUUACAUUUCUGCAAAAUCCUUGCCUUCAGACAUAACUAAAUCAAAUCACAUCAAUAUUCCAUUAUGUCUUUUUUUUUUUUUUAAAUGGUACUAACCCAAAUUCCUUUCUUGAAGAAUCUUGUAAAACUUUGAAUAAGCACCCAGAAGUCUCCCAAGAUUUUAUUUAUACACUUUCUUAACUUUAGGGUCCAUAUGAAACUGCCAAGAAAAAUAUGGCACAUUAUGGAAGAGUAACUCGUUGAUUUCAGUUGGUUUUAUUCACAUUUGACUUGAUUUAAUUCUUUGUAGAAAACAUCUAUAUCACUUAGCAAAUAGAGUUUCGGUUCAGGUCUCAUACCCAUGCUAAUAAUUUUACUUUUUAAAAUCUAAACACAUUCCUAACUAUAACUGCAGGAAAAUAGGAAAAACUUAGUUUGUAAUCUUUCAUUGAAUCUUCUCCAAUGACAAAUUUGUUAACAAAGAGUCCAUGUUAGUGUUUGAAAUAUUUUAUUCAUGCAGGUCUGACUCACAAUAUGGCAGUACAACGCUGUCAAUGUACUAUAAAUGUAUCACUUCCAUCAAAACUGUGUAUAGAAUCAAUCAGUAAAGCAUGUUGUGUAUGUCCGUGUAUUACAGGGGUUUAAAAAAAAUGUCUGCUAAAGCGAAAUGUAGAAUUAAGUGGUGCUUUCUUUCAGUCCAUUCAGUCAAAAUCUUUACUCAUGUCCAGCUUAAACAAACCAACUCAGCCUGAAAGCAGGCGGUCUACUAUACAGACAGUUAAGAGCAGAUUUACAGCUGAAUGGAUGGUUUUUGUGUGUACAGGCUGGGUGCAGAAACACUUAACACUGCAGGGCCUGUACGUGCUCAAGGUUAUCACAAACCUCUGCAGUAAAUAACUGAUAUAUUUACCUAUAAAGGUUCAAUGUGAGCAUGCGCUGUCUGCAUCACUACCAUAUUUAAGUAGUCCUUAAAGCCCUUGACUUACCUGUAGACUAUGAUGGUCUCCGGCAGCCUUUGACGUCAUCUCCCCCCAGAUUCAAGGUAAACUAGUCUCAGCUUUGAACUCUCACCUGGUUGAGUAUGGCUGGGGCUCUAAUGUGAACAAAUUUCAGCUGGCACUGAAGGGGACAAGCUACAGGGUGCGCUUCAGACAAGACCAGAGCAAGAGGCAUUUCUUUAAUCAGCGAGCGAUUUCCACAAGGCUGUUUUCCGUGACUUCAUCAUAAAUAGACGGAUGAUCAUUAAGUGGGGGAGCUUAUACGUUUUUCGAAAGGUCCUAGCAGAGUUACGUUAAUUCAAGCGGUUACACUGAUGAGGUCCUUUAGCGGUGGGCAUGAUUUUGAGCACAUCUGUGAACAACAUUACUGCACAAAUCCGUUUAUUUAAAACAAGGUCGACACUGGGAGAGUACAUUUGAGACUUCAGCGGUAACUGAUCUAUUAAGAGUUAUUUCCUACAUUUGUCAAACCCCUACGUCUUAGCACUUUAAAUUUUCACAGCAACGCCAUAUGGAGAUUUGUUUGUUUUUUUUCGAUGGAGGAGCUUAACAUGAUGGAACCAACGUGCAGAUUAGAUUUAAUACUAAACAUGAUCCAGUUCAGUUAAAUCUACAGUUACAAGUAUCGCCUUGAGUGUUGCUGAUUAUUCAGCUUUCUACGGUCACACACAACAUCAGAACACUAAUUAUCCAAACGUAAAAGUACAAAUAAAAAAAAAAAAAGAAAAA